AUGCAAAAACUGAGUCCGUGCCCCAUAGAUGCUUCUCGCGUGGCGAAACAUGAUACAGGUGUGUCGGCUCUCAAUCCGGAAAAUAUGCGAAGCGUUUUCCACAAGGAAAAGUUUGCGAUGAGGAAGCGAAAACUGCUAGAGCGAUCAGAAAAGACGGCUCGAGCUGAGCUGCUGAAUAGAGAAGAGGAGGGUUUCAUAGAAGGAGAUGAUGGCGAACCGACCUAUUUGAUUCGACAAAAAGAGAUUGCUGACGCGUACUUCGAACUUCAUCUUGACAAUUUUGGACCAUACCGAAUAUCCUACACGGACAACGGACGUCAUCUUCUAUUAGGUGGCAAAAAAGGCCAUGUAGCAGCACUAGAUUGGCAAACUAAGAAACUGCACUGUGAGAUAAAUGCAAUGGAAACAAUUCGUGAUGUCCAGUGGCUGCACACCGAAAAUCUUUACGCCGCUGCACAGAGACAUUACACAUACGUGUACGACAAUCAGGGAAUAGAGUUGCAUUGUGUAAAACAGUUCCAUGAAAUUCACCGGCUUGAAUUCCUCCCUCGACAUUUUCUUUUAGUAGGAUCCGUGAGUCCUACAUCUGAAGAACUUUCCUAUUCUGUUCUAAUGAUAGUCUUAACAUUG